CCGCGUCGACGCGCAGUCGCCAGGUGAGGCAACUACGACGACGUGUUCGCCUCGUUACGCUCGGUCGGGGGAACGUACGGUCAGUGCUGCACAGAACCUUGCAACUUUCGACGGCGUUCCGUCCGCGAGCGACCGAGGGGAAAGAGCGAGAAAAAGAGAGACGGGGAGCACCGAAGUAGCGUCCACUGCCGCUGUCGAGAUCGAUUCUGCUCCGCGCGUGAGCUCCGUGAUAGGGACGCUCCGGCGUCGGGACGUCGCGCGAGUGUGUCAAAGAGCAGCGACAGCGGAAGAGGGAGGAAGAGAGAGAAAUCAGACUCGGAGCAGGAAUCCAUUUUGGAGCUGCCAGGUGCGCUCCUACGGGAACGAUGACGGGAACGAGGAUGGGAGGAACUGGGGGAGGAGGAGGAAGUAAUUCGCAAAAUAUCCUGGUCACCCUAUACGUGGCGACCGCCGGCCUCCAAGGAAACGCGCUCGGCUCCGACGAAGAGGAGAUCACGCUGCUCGUCUACGUGCUCAUCGAUGAGCUGCAGAAUAAGGUGCUGGGCAGGCAGCAAUACAUCGUGCGACCGAUGGUAAUGGAAGAGAAUUGCACGCCCGGGACUGGCAGCGACAACCCAGCGAUUGCCGGAAGUAGCGGGAUCAUUAGCGAGGCCGCGCUGGUACACGCACCAGCCUUGACCGAACGAAACCUCCGGGAGUACGGAAUUCCUCUGCAGCAAGCUAUCGAAAAGUUUGAGACUUGGUGGAGCUCGAUGUCUAGCGUAACUUCCGGUCUCAAGCCGCGAUUUGUUGUGGACGGUCAGGCUUCGAUGAGGCAAUGCCUGCAUCCGGAGGCUUGCAAUAAGGACAUCGAGCUACCGGAACAUUACAACUACUUUCAUGAUCUCCGAAAGGACUUUGUAGAAUGCUAUUCAUCUCACGGGGAGCUAUCGACUCUCGGAGUACAAGAAAUGUUGCAAUAUUUCGGAAUGCCAUCAGAUAUCGACAAUGAUUUUCACGUCAAAGAAAUACAGGAUAUGGUCAACGUGAUACAGAGGAUGAUCAAGGAUGGUCACAUUUUCAAAAAUCCAGAAGUAGUUAACAUUAUCCUAGAACCUGGUAUAUGCUCUAAGGAUGAGGAGGUGGACAAUGAUUGCGUAGUAAGGGCGCGCGGUCUUCCUUGGCAAUCUUCGGAUCAAGACAUUGCCAAGUUUUUUCGUGGGCUAAAUGUCGCAAAGGGUGGUGUAGCUCUUUGUUUAAGUCCUAUGGGAAGGCGUAACGGCGAGGCAUUGGUACGGUUUAUUAAUAAAGAACACAGAGACAUGGCGCUGAAGCGGCAUAAACAUCACAUGGGUACACGAUACAUAGAGGUUUACAAGGCCUCCGGAGAGGAUUUUAUUGGCGUUGCUGGUGGUACAAGCGGGGAGGCACACGCUUUUCUGUCACGCGGGGCUCAAGUCAUCGUUAGAAUGAGGGGCUUGCCGUAUGAUUGUGUUGCUAAACAAGUGCUGGAAUUUUUUCAAUCUGGACAAAAACCAUGCCAAGUGUUGGAUGGUGAGGAUGGCGUGCUAUUCGUAAAGAAACCAGACGGUAGAGCAACAGGUGACGCCUUCGUAUUAUUUGCGAAGGAAGAGGAUGCGGUGAAAGCCUUGAGCAAGCACAGAGACUGUAUCGGCAGCCGUUAUAUAGAACUUUUUCGAAGUACAACCGCGGAAGUGCAACAGGUCCUAAAUAGGGCGACAGAUCCGAAACAAGUAAUACUACCACCACCACCUAUCGCGCAACUUCCACCCUUACUUCCUCAACAUAUCAUUACGUCCGGUACGCGCAAAGAUUGUGUGAGACUUCGUGGUUUGCCGUACGAAGCACUCGUCGAACACAUUUUGGAGUUUAUGGGCGAACAUUCUAAAAAUAUUGUCUAUCAGGGUGUUCAUAUGGUUUACAAUGCUCAGGGUCAACCGUCUGGCGAGGCAUUUAUUCAAAUGGACAGUGAGGCAUCGGCAUACGCGUGCGCGACGCAGCGGCAUCAUCGAUACAUGAUCUACGGCAAGAAGCAGCGAUACAUCGAAGUGUUCCAGUGCAGCGGCGAUGACAUGAAUCUGGUAUUGACAGGUGCGGUAACACCGCCGUCGACCAAGGCACUACUAUCACCCGGGGGCACGAUGUUGCCACCACCACCCGUGGCGAUAUUUCCGCCUGCGGCCGCGAUGUUGCCCCGUGGCCCGCCGCAAUUCGCAACGCCGUAUCCACCACCCAUCUUUUACUGGCCUUACCCUUCACCGCCAGUUAGUCCGACUAAUUAUUACACCCCCGCAAAUGUCGGCGGUAUAGCGCCCAUUCCUCAACAAGCUGCUCUGUUAGCGCCAGCAGAAUGUCUGCAAUUAGCACCCGGGGCAACGACGCUGCCGACAACCACGGCCACGGGACCAGACGCGCGUAUCGAGGCGUACCUACCACGAGUGGAGUUGGAUAAACGCAUGGCGGCGCUGCCUCCACCGCAGACCGAGUGCAAUCCCUUCGUUGAGGUUUUCAUGGUUUGAUCACCUCAGCGGAACCCUCUUGCCUGUCCCAGUUCCUUACCUCCUAGACGUGCGAUCCCAAGUUGGCAAGAUGAGCGGUCGACACUUAGGAUCAACUAAAACGCGGAAUCGCGUGGAAAAAAAAGGUAUUUCAAGGGCAAUCCUUGAGAGAACGGUCCUCGUUGCCUUCAUCGACGUCGACGAGGCUUAACGAUAUUUUUAUUCUUCGAACGCAUCGUACGUAGAUGUAGACGUAUAAGGCAAAGUGCAAAUGUAAAGGUGUAAUUUCUCCUCUAUGCGUUUUCCCAAAGGAAACCAUUCUCCCUCGUAAAUUUUCGACGCGCCGCCGGUCAUAGCGACGCGUUUCUUUCUAGUCUAGAGAUAGAUAGGAGCCGUUGUGGCGCGAUGCACAGCGGUGUCGUUUCUUUCUCGUUGUUUGUUCCAUAUUUCCCCUCUCAUGGAAUGAGACGAACCGUGUAACGCAUUCUCCUCCUUUUUAAGAGUCAUGGUACAGAAAAACGUAAGGCAAUAUGACAUAAGCAGUAAGUAAAUCGGCCAAUCUGAAUAGACAUCUUACUCGUAAGGCAAUAAGCAGUAGUAAAUCCAAAAUAUUGAUUUGCUUGCUGCUUACGUCUAACCGCUUAAGUUUUUUGUUCACCAUAGCCUUAAUUUUCCUCUCUUCUUUUUGUGUAUUUUAUUCCUUUACUAUGUUACAUUUUCAUCAUUUCCCAUUGCAAUGACGGCAAUUGGACUUCGAUCCUCGCGUACUUUUGCCCGCGUCAAGUUGAAAAGAACUUGCGGGAAUAGAUAUAUACGAACAACCGAAUCGUACACGUCUCGGGUUAUAUA